AUGACAAGGAAGAGGGCAAGGCAAGAGGUUUUUUCCAGGAGUAGCGAGGAGGUUGAGGAGGAUGAGCCACGCUUGUGCGCGCCCCAUGUACUUUCGUUUUUGAAGGAAGCAUUCGAACGGAAGUAUCAAACUGUGAGUGGUCUGGACAAUGUGGAGCUCUUGCGCGCUGAGCUCCAGGAAGUAGGGGAGGAUUGGCUGCGUGGGAAGAACAGGAUAGCGCCCAUGGUGACCAUGGUACAGUCGAGUGGCUGGGGAAAGUCGAGGACUACGUGUGAGCUUGCGACUCGGGGUGUGUUCGUGGUUUACUGCUCCUUCGCCUCGCCCUCCGGCUCCGCGUACCCUCCAAGGUCCGCCAUUGCCGAUUUCUUCUACGACAGCGCUGUCACCUUGCUCAGCUCGGGGCCAUUGCUUGUGUCGCAGAGCAGGUUCAUGCUCUUUUGCAUGGACUACUUCGAAUCGUGCAUCGACACAGCCGUGGAGACGAAGUUGGAGCCGGAAGCAUUCCUGAAGGAGCUGAUGCUUGGAGCCAGAGUCUGGAAUAUAGUGCGGGACAAGAUCAAUGGUCGGAAACACGACCGGGAGAAGCUGUCUCGGAAGCUGGAGCCGGUUCUCUUGCGCCUGCAUGGAAAGGAAUCCAACGUUUGGGACGAAUGGGAAGACUUGCUGCUACUUGCGAGAAGGAGAACGAAAAUUCGCAACAAACUCAAGGACUUCCCAGCGUCUCCAAGUGGGAAGCUCCAAGUUUUGUUCGUCAUGGACGAAGCCCGAUGGACAAGAGCUACCAGGGUUCUGCCAGACACAGGAGCUGUGGCUGCUAUCUUCAUCGACACCUGCAGCAGUAUUAUCAAGAGCUUAGCUCCGCGCUCGCCACCGGAAACAGGCAGCCUUUCGCUCGAUCAUGUCACAGAUUCGGGUCGUCUCUUUGCAUACGGCCGUCCGUUGUGGGCAGCAAUGUACAAGGCUUGUGGAAGUCGGGUACAGGUCCUUGCUGUGGAGAAGCUUCUUGGUGGUACUGGAACAUCUAACAAGUUUCAUCACAAUGGAACGAUAUCGAUAGAGGCCAAGUUGGCUGUGCUGUGCUCCAGGGUGUGCAUCGACAUUAACCCGCAGGCCAGCAUUGUCUCUCGCAUGGUUGCCAGCCAUUUGCUUACCGUCGAGUCCAUCUCGGACGACCGGGAGCGUGUCUGGACGGAUUGGGCCGUGGAGCCAGCAGUUGCAGCGGCCGCAGCUCUUGUUUUGCGGCGACAGCCAAUCAACGAGCCGAAGGCUUCCGGGUGGAAGAUUUGUUUGGAAGAGCUUCAGGAAGGGCUCCAGAAAGGUUGGAUCGAUGCUGGUUGCAAAGCGGAGCUUGUGGCACGACUGCUGCUGUUACUUGCAGUGGACAGACUAGAGAAGCAUGUGUUUGACUGCUUCACUCUAGAGGAGUUGUGUGGCAGCCUUUGCGGGAAGACGCUACUUUGCAUAGAGGAUGUUUCUCAGCGGAAGAGUUGGGAAAAGGUGGCGAAAGCGAAGUUCUUGUGCUUGCAGUUUAAAAGGCUCGACAUACCACCAAAAGAGCUCACGAAGGAGCAAAUGUUUGCACUGGGAAAGGCGGGUGUUGGAAUCAUCUGCCCAAAGGGGGGAGUCGACAUGAUCUUAGUGGGCUUCACGGGUGACACUUUCAGCCUGGAAACCAUGACACUCGUUCUGCUGAAAGUCAGUCUUUGGGGGCAGCCACUGAAGCUGGAUGUAGAAUUUGCAAAGUGUUCCAGAGAGUUUUCCGGGAUAGCACCAGAGCUCCAGGUACCAUACGCCAGCUUGUUCCUGAAUCUUGGCGACAUGCCGGGGAGUGUCAGCUUCAGAAGGGGGAAAGCUGUCAAGGAAGUAUUGCUGAAUACGAGGCCUGCAAAUGCUUCUAUGGCGUUGGCGUUGAAAGAAGUUUUCCCACAAUGCCGAGGUGUUCGUCUGUGGGAGAAGAAUAAGGGAGAGUUAUUCAAGCAAGGGAAUUCUUAUGAAGCGUGGAAAGCAUAUUUCAAAGGUUGCUUUAAGCUUCAAAACGUUGUGGCUAUCCAAGGUUUAAAGGCAUUUUUAGACGCAAAAAGAGUUGAAGAUCUUCUCAAAUUUUCUUUGCGUUCUACCAAGGGAAUGAGGAUGUUGGAGCAGAGGAGUCAGGAGAGGUGUUCAAAGCGCAUGUAUUGCUUUGUGGGAAAAUGCAAAGUGCGCAAACUUGUGUAGUUUGUUAAAAUACUACAUUGGCAAUUCUAACUAAUACUGUUGUGGAAAGAAAA